GGUAGUUUCUCUUGAUAACAAGGUAAAAUAGUGUUGUCAAGUAAAACUCGUUUCGCCCGCAACACGAAACAACUUCUAUUGUUGUUGUAAAGUAGAAUAUUAAUUUAAUAUAACGGUUUAUUUGAUACUAGUAAUGCUGUAUCAUCUCAUUGUUGGGCGACUUGUUUUAUUUAUGACUUCAGGCUCAUGAAGAUGACAGCGCAGUAUAGACCAUAUCGUAACGAAGACGGUAUGGAAGCUGAACAAGUAACAUGGGGGGAUCAAGAGGUAGGUGAUGUCGAAAUUUACCAAAGAACUACCGAAGACAUACGGGUUGUUUCUAACAGAAAUCUUGUUAUUGGUGGUGUCGGUAUAGGACUAAUUGGGGCUGUUAUUGGUUUAAUUGUUGGAUACUUUGCACAUUCUGAACAUAGUGAAUGUGUACCCUCCCUUUCUGUUGCACUUCACUCUGUGCAGGAGGCUAAUCCAUAUGUGAGAAGGAAAAUUUCCCAAAUGAUCAAUAAUCAAGAAAUUGAAAAAUUCAUGAAAUUUUACAGCAUGGAGCCACAUAUUGCUGGCAGCUCUACAGAUCGGCAAUUUGCUAUAAAUAUAAAGAAAGAAUGGCUUAAUCAUGGAGUUGAUUCUGUUGAUAUUGUUGAAUAUGAUGUUUUACUAAGUUAUCCACACAAAGAUAAGACAAAUGUCAUUAAGAUUACUGACAAUUUGAAUGAAGAAAAAAUUGUUAUCAAUACACCUCGCAAAAAGAAUUUAAAUCCUGCAUUCAGUGCAUACUCACAACCUGGCAAUGUUUCUGGAAAUUUAUUAUAUGUUAAUUAUGGUCAAACAUCUGAUUUUCAGCAUUUGAAAGCAUUAGGUAUUCCUCUUGAAGGGAAAAUUUUCAUUGCUAGGCAUUGGAAAUUGCCGGCUGAUGAGAUAGUGUGGAAUGCACAACAAGUCAAAGCCGCAGGCUUAAUUUUAUAUCCAGAUCCAGAAAAUUACAAUCCUCCAAUACUAAAAUCAGAUCCAUAUCCCAAAACCUGGUGGCUGCCACCAAAUGUAGCAAGAACUGAUUCAGUCUUAUGGAAUGGAGCGGGUGACCCUUUGACUCCAGGAUAUCCGGCAAGACAUGACGCAAACCGUCUGUCUCUUUCAUCGGCUUUGCUUCCUGGGUUGAUAGUGCAGCCGGUAAGUUACGCGGAUGCAUAUAAGCUGUUAAGUUCAUUAGGGGAUCAUGAUGCUCCAAAGGACUGGCAGGGAGGAUUUAAUUUCACUUAUAAAAUUGGUCCAUCCUUCAAGGAUUCCACAUGGAAAAUUCACAUGCAGGUGUACAAUCAAUACGUUAACAAAACCAUUUACAAUGUCGUCGGCAAAAUUCGAGGCAAGACCGAGCCGGAUAGGUACGUCAUAAUUGGCAGCCAUCGUGAUGCUUGGGCAUAUGGUGCUAUUGAUGCAGCUGGCGGAACGUCUGCAUUGCUUGAACUGACCAGAGUGUAUGGCCGUCUUCUGAAAGAAGGGUGGAGACCCCGUAGAACCAUUUUGUUUUGUAGUUGGGGUGCUGAAGAGCAUAAUUUGAUUGGCUCAACAGAAUGGAUUGAAGAAAAUCUCAAAUUGUUGCAUGGCAGAGCAGUAGCUUACAUUAACGCUGAUAUUUUGGUAGCAGGCAAUGCUUCCAUUAGGGCAGUUGCAUCACCACUUUUAUACAAUGCAAUAUUCAAUGCUACUAAAGAAGUUUCCAAUCCAAAUGAACAUGAGAAAAUAGAAGGUUUUAAAACUGUGUAUGAUUCAUGGCUUGCUACUUUUCCUAAAAAGAGGAAUGUGUCAAAUUUGUUGUAUCCAAAAUUUUCUAAAUUAAUAUCAAUUGAGGAUUAUGAUGAUAUGGAAUUCAAACCGCCUCAGACUCACAAUAAUCAUUCUACCCUUCUAGAAAGUUAUAUCAAAAGUUCAAUGCAGUUGGUUCGGCCAAAAAUAAGAGAAAUGGACAUGCGAGGUAAUUACGCUCCGUUCUUUCUUCAUGCUGGCAUCCCAGCCGUUGAUGUAUCGUAUAUUCAUGAUUCCACACUGUCCAGCUCAUCCUAUCCAUUACACCAUACUGAAUUUGAUAACUUUGAUUUUGUAAAGAACUUUAUUGAUCCAACUUUUAAGUAUCAUGCUACUGUGGUUAAAAUUUUAGGCGAACUCUUGAGAGAUUUGUCUGACUCUCUUUUCUUACCUUUUAAUUUGUUUGAUUACGCUCAAAUCUUGCAAGAUUUUUACUUAAAUUUGAGCUUGAAACUGAAAGGUAUUGUUGAACAUAAUGCUGUCGAUUUGAAUCACCUUGAAUUUGCUAUCAAAAAUUUCUCAAAUGCUGCUAUGAAAUUUCACUCUGCUCAGGAAGCUGUGGAUUUGUCUGACCCUAUGACUGUUCGGGGCAUAAAUGAUCAGUUGCUGUUGCUAGAAAGGGCUUUUCUAGAUCCGAAUGGACUGCCUCGAAAUAUUUUCAAAAAGCAUAUUAUUAUGUCACCCAGUGAAAGUUACUUAUCACAUAGUGGUAUUUUUCCUGGUCUGCUUGAUGAAUUUUCAAACCUUGAAAUCUAUCCCCAGGAUGCUGAAUCUCUAGAGCUAAUUAAAGCUCAUUUUUCCGUUUUGGUGUUUACCAUCCAAUCAGCUGCUAAAAUCAUCCAAAAUGUGUGAAAUGUUAUGUGCCAUUUGUGUACUUGACUGCAAUGUUUACAGCAAUGUUUUUUUU